GUGAAAAAGAAAAUUUGAAAGAAGUUUUGUGGGGUUGAAAGAAACAGAGAAGCGCAAACUGCCAAGCACCAGCAAAGAACCGAUGGAAAUCGCCAAGACGGACUGCGGCGGCGAACUUCCAAGCAAAUAGAUGGGCUGAGACGAACUGAAGAAGUGGGGAAACUUCCUUGACUCCCUUGCUGUACCACUACUUCAGCCCUUCGUUAUCUCAGAACCCCAAAUUGAGGUGUUCACAUCACAAGGUAUUCAUACCUACUGGCUACUGCCGUUUUGAAUUUUCAGAAAACACAAAAUGAGGCAGUAUUUUGAGAGCAUCGGUGCGAAAUACAGGGAUAUUUACGAUGCAAAGGAAAAGCCGUUCAGUAUAAUUUGGUAGGAAAUAGUAGAAAUGCUAACAUUAAAGAUUGUUGCAUUCUCCAAUGAACCUGUUCCUGAACCACUUAAGCUCAUUGCUCCAGAAUUGCAUGAAACUGAAAUUGCUCCAACAAAGCAAGCAAAUUCAUGCGGUAAUGUUAACAUCCUGUCUAGAUGUGAACAUUCUGCCACUGAAUUCAAAGCUUAUUGGUGUCUAUGCUAGUUGUGGAGACUUAGGUUCUGCUGAGUUGAUCUUCCAAAGGACACAAAAUCCAAAUAUCUUUGCAUUCAAUUGGAUGAUCUCAGCUUUAACAUUCAAUGGCUACCCAGAAAAAGCUAUCGGGUAUUUGUCCAUGCUCCAAGUAUCAGGGAUUACUGUGAAUAAGUACACCAUUUCUAUAGUAUUGAAAGCCUGUUUGGGAUUGAAGGAUUUAAGGAAAGGAAAGGGAGUUCAUUGUGUGAUAUACAGGUCCGGGUUUCAAGUAGACUUACCAAUUGGGAAUGCAUUACUCGACAUGUAUGGUAAACUGGGGAAUAUGCUCUAUGCACAUUUGUUGUUUGAUAAAAUGUCUGUCAGAGAUGUUGCAACCUGGACAUCACUGCUAUAUGGGUAUUCUAGCAUGGGAUGUAUCGAAGAGUCCCUAAAUUUGUUUGAAAGAAUGAGGUUAGAUGGCCUAAAGCCAAAUGAAUUCACUUGGAAUAUAAUCAUAUCUGGCUAUGCUAAGAGAGGAGAUUAUAAUGCUGCAUUCGGCUUGGUAUCUAAGAUGAGUGAAGAGGGGUUGGAAUCCGAUUUGGUGACCUGGAAUGCAAUGAUUUCAGGGUUCAUCCAAAGCCACCAUUAUGGUGAAGCUUUUGCGCUGUUCCAAAAAAUGUUAGCUGCUGGUCUAAACCCAAAUGAGAGCACCGUCACCUCGCUUCUUACUAUGUGUGGAUCAAUUGGCUCAGUUAAGACAGGGAAAGAAAUCCAUGGUUCAAUGUUCAGAAUGCGGAUUACAAUCAAUGCCUACGUUUCUAGUGCCCUUGUGGAUAUGUAUGCAAAAUGUGGGCGUGUCAAAGAUUCUUGGAAUGCAUUUAGAACAGCUCCCUUCAAGAACUCAGCAUCAUGGAAUUCCAUAAUUGGAUGCUAUGGAAAGCAUGGCAUGGUAGACUCUGCAAUAGAAGUGUUUGAGAAGAUGCAAUGUGAAGGAGUGCAGGCAACCGAACUCACUUUCACUUCUCUUCUUUCUGCAUGUAGUCACAAUGGAUUAGUUGAGAAAGGUUUGGAUAUUUUUAGAUCCAUGGAAGCGCUCUAUAGCAUUCCGGCAACGAAGGAGCACUAUGCAUGUAUUGUUGAUCUACUGUGUCGUUUUGGUUGGAUGGAGGAAGCUUAUAGUAUCAUAAUACAAAUGCCAAUAGAAGUUAACGAUUCAACUAUAGGUGCCUUCUUAAAUGGUUGUAAGGUUCAUGGGAGGAAAGAUCUUGUUGAAAUGAUGGCUAAGAAAAUUCCUACAAUGGAGUUGAGAAGAUCGGGGAGUUUUGUAACCCUCUCAAAUGUUUAUGCAGCUCAAGGAGAGUGGGAAAACGUCGAAACAGUGCGGGAAGUGAUGAAGUACAAAAGUUUCAAUAAGGUGCCUGGUUCCAGUUGGGUGUCCCGUGUAGAAGACAUGUCAAAAUAAUGAGGGUUUUUUUCAAGCUUCAGUUGAGGGAGAGUCGGCAAAUUGAAGAACACAGAGAGGAUAGAAAAGUCUCCAGAAUCGAAGGAGAAAAGAGUUGGAGCACCGACUGAGUCGAUGAGAACCCUCGAGCAGCGAAUGAGAACCGAUCGAACUGUGGAGGAGUGGCACGAAGAACAUAGAGAGAAGCGGCGGUGACAUGGACGUUGAGCGUUCUUACGAAUGUUUCUAGUCUUAAGAAAAUAUACAAGAAUCAUAGAUUUGAUCGAAACUUUUAACUUUUGGGAAUUCAAUUGCCGCCUUUUUUUCUUUCUUAGUGCAUAAGUGUUACAUUAGAUUUCUUUAAUCGUAACACUUUAGUAAACUAAUGUAACGAUAUGUCUAAAUUGAUGAAAGUGUUGCAUAUGAAUCACACGC